GAGUCUCCCCCUGUCACCCAGGCUGGAGUACAGUGACAUGAUCUCAGCUCACUGCAUCCUCUGUCACCCUGGGUUCAAGUGAUUCUCCUGCUUCAGCCUCCUGAGUAGCUGGGACUACAGGCGCAUGCCAGCACGCCUGGAUAAUUUUUUGUAUUUUUUAGUAGAGACAGGGUUUCAUCAUAUUGGCCAGGCUGGUCGAACUCCUGACCUCGUGAUCCGCCUCGGCCUCCCAAAGUGCUGGGAUUAUAGGCAUGAGCCACUGCACUUGGCCACACCUGGCUAAUUUUAAAAUUUUUUGUAGAGAUGGGGGUCUUACCAUGUUGCUCAGGCUGGUUGAACUCUUUUUUUUUUUUUUUUUUCUUCCUUGAGACAGAGUCUUGCUCUGUUGCCCAGGCUGGAGUGCAAUGGCACAAUCUUGGCUCACUGCAACGUCGGCCUCCCGGGUUUAAGUGAUUCUUCCGCCUCAGCCUCCCAAGUAGCUGGGAUUACAGGCAUGCUCCACCACGCUGGGCAAAUUUUUGUAUUUUUGUGGAGACGGGGUUUUACCGUGUUGGCCAGGCUGGUCUUUGAAUUCCUGACCUCAGGUGAUCUGCCUGUCUCAGCCUCUGAAAAGUGCUGGGAUUACAGGCGUGAGCCACUGUGCCUGGCCUGAACUCUUUUUUUUUUUUUUUUUUUUUUUUGAGACAGAGUCUCGCUCUGUCACCCAGGCUGGAGUGCAGUAGUGCAGUCUUGGCUCACUGUAACCUCAGUCUCCAGGGUUCAAGGGAUUGUAGUAGAGACGGAGUUUCGCCAUGUUGGCCAGGCGCAUCUCGAACACCUGACCUCAAGUGAUCCUCCCGCUUCGGCCUCCCAAAGUGCUGGGGAUUAGAGGCAUGAGCCACUGCGCCAGGUCUGAACUCUUGGCCUCAAGCCAUCCUCCCAUUUCUACACUCCCAAAGUGUUGGGAUUAUAGGCGUGAGCCCCUGAUACUUUAGACUCUACUAAGCAACUCUAUUCAUCAGUUGCUUUAAAGUAAUUUGUAUCUUACUUGGCCAUUGAAUUCAGCCUCUAGGUAAAAAUUAGGAGCUUUCUGUGAGUGCCCAUUAUAUGCUAGACAUUGUACCUCAUGCUUUAGUUUUUUUAUAACCUUGGUAGUGUUUUUAAUUUACACGGGAGGAAAUGGAGGCUCAUUUAAUUUGGCCAGUUAACUUGUAAGUGGCAAAGCAAGGAUCCAGAUGUAGGUUGAUCCCAUUCUAAAACCUCUGCUUUUUCUGCUUGCAUAUUAGAAAGCUAGUUGGGCUAAGUUUUAGUUUAAGCAGAAAGUAAAGAAUGGCAUGUUUCUGAAAGUUGCAUAUUUCUGAAAGUGAGUGCUUCUCUUGAUUUCAUUGCCUGUGUGGAGAUAAUAUAAAGGAUAUGGGUGUUGGAGCCAAGCAUAUUCUUUAGUUGGGUAACAGCUGUGAAACCUGGCUCUGGAGACUCCACUAGUUCCUUAGCUGAAUACCGGGGAAUACAUAGUAAGCUCUGAAGUUUUGGUUCUUGCCUCUCCAAUGAGAUUAACAUUUGGGAGACUAAAUGUGUAAUGUAUUUGUGCUUUUCUUCAGUCUUCAAAAGGGCUAGUUAUUGCUUUUAUAAAUUUCUUCCAUAUUUUAUGCUUACAUUAUGCAUGGUACAGAAAUAUCUUUGUAAAAUUGGAAGAGCUAUCUACUGUGUGGAAAAGGUGUUUGAGUCUAGAACACAGGAUUUAAUAUAUGUGUGGAUGACUAAGAGUCUGCUUUUGUAAUCAUUUGAAAUGCUUCCCCUCCCUGUUGUAUUAUUAUUUUUUGCAUUAUUUUCAGAUUUAUUUGGUUGGAGAACACAUUUUUGAGGAGAAUCAUUCUGUGAAAAAAAAGGAGCUGGACAUACAUAACUCAAGACAGAAAAGAAAGUGAGACCAUGAAACGUAUGGUGCAAUAGCCCUACUUUUGGUGGGAAAAAUAUACAGCCAUUCUGGUGAAGCAGUUUGGGCCCCAUGGUAUCCCUGUGACAGUAUUUCCCAAAAGGGAAUAUAAGGAUAAACCAGAAGCCAUGCCGCUCCAAAGUAAUACAUUCCAAGAAGGGACAGAAGUCAAGUGUGAAGCAAAUGGUGCUGUUCCUGAUGACCCUUCUCCUGUCCCGCAUCCUGAGCUGAGCUUGGCUGAAAGCCUGUGGACUUCCAAACCACCACCUCUCUUCCAUGAAGGAGCACCUUAUCCUCCCCCUUUGUUUAUCAGGGACACAUAUAACCAAUCAAUACCUCAGCCACCUCCUCGGAAAAUUAAGCGACCCAAACGAAAAAUGUACAGGGAAGAACCCACUUCAAUAAUGAAUGCUAUUAAACUACGACCCAGGCAAGUUCUGUGUGAUAAAUGUAAAAACAGUGUUGUUGCUGAAAAAAAGGAAAUUAGAAAAGGUAGUAGUGCAAGUGACUCUUCUAAAUAUGAAGAUAAAAAACGGAGAAAUGAAAGUGUAACUACUGUGAACAAAAAACUGAAAACUGACCAUAAAGUGGAUGGGAAAAACCAAAACGAAAGCCAGAGAAGAAACGCUGUGGUUAAGGUUUCAAAUAUUGCUCACAGCAGAGGAAGAGUAGUAAAAGUUUCUGCUCAGGCAAAUACAUCAAAAGCUCAGUUAAGUACUAAAAAAGUUCUCCAGAGUAAGAACAUGGAUCAUGCGAAAGCUCGGGAAGUGUUAAAAAUUGCCAAAGAAAAGGCACAAAAGAAGCAAAAUGAAACCUCUACUUCCAAAAAUGCACAUUCAAAAGUCCAUUUCACACGUCGGUAUCAGAAUCCUAGCUCAGGUUCCCUUCCACCCCGGGUUCGUUUAAAACCACAGAGGUACAGGAAUGAAGAAAAUGACUCUUCUCUGAAGACAGGACUUGAGAAAAUGAGGAGUAGCAAGAUGGCACCCAAGCCCCAGUCUCGCUGCACCUCUACCCGCUCAGCAGGUGAGGCCCCUUCAGAAAAUCAGAGUCCCUCAAAAGGCCCUGAAGAGGCCAGCAGUGAGGUUCAGGACACAAAUGAAGUGCAUGUGCCUGGUGAUCAGGAUGAACCACAGACAUUGGGCAAAAAGGGCAGCAAAAACAAUAUCUCUGUUUACAUGACCCUAAAUCAAAAGAAAUCUGACUCUUCCAGUGCUUCAGUGUGUAGCAUUGAUAGCACAGAUGAUUUGAAAUCUUCCAACUCUGAGUGUAGUUCUUCUGAAAGCUUUGAUUUUCCUCCAGGCAGUAUGCAUGCACCUUCCACCUCCUCCACUUCCUCCUCUUCAAAGGAAGAGAAAAAGCUCAGUAAUUCCUUGAAAAUGAAAGUCUUUUCCAAAAACGUCUCCAAAUGCGUCACACCAGAUGGCAGGACCAUAUGUAUAGGGGACAUUGUUUGGGCCAAGAUAUAUGGCUUCCCUUGGUGGCCAGCCCGUAUUCUUACUAUAACUGUGAGCCGGAAAGAUAACGGCCUUUUAGUCCGACAGGAGGCCCGUAUUUCAUGGUUUGGGUCUCCAACAACAUCUUUCCUUGCUCUUUCACAACUCUCUCCCUUUUUAGAAAACUUCCAGUCACGCUUUAAUAAGAAGAGAAAGGGCCUGUAUCGCAAGGCUAUCACAGAGGCAGCUAAGGCUGCCAAGCAGCUGACCCCCGAAGUGCGGGCUUUGUUGACACAGUUUGAAACGUGAACAUGGGCAGUAAGGUAGGCAAGACCAUUGGAAGUCACCACAGAUUUUCUAGUCUAGUUAGGAAUAAUUUCUACAAAAUAGCUUGGCCAGAUUGGAGAGAGAAGUUGCACUCGGCUGGCUUUUUAAUACUUACCUUAUAGCCAUUUUUAGACUGAGAGCUUAAACUGAACAUAUAAUCAAAUUUUGUGUUAAGGAAGUGAGAUUUUAGCAGUAUUUUUCAGUUUUGAAGUUCAAAACCAUCCCAAGGCAUAGGAGCCAUAGCCUCAACUGAAAUUGAAUUUUUGUAGGGACUGUUAAUUGCCAUUUGUACCUAAUACUGUAUAUAUACAUAUAUAUACAUAUAUAUACACGUAUAUAUAUAUAUAUGAAAUAUAGCCUGUCACUGUGUGACACAGGUUGCAUAUUUGGAAUUGCAAUAAGGGCUUGGUGAGCUGGGGGAAUAGUGUGGCUAUUUAAUGACUACUUGUUUUUUAAAUAAUGAACACUUAGCCUUUCUAUGCGCAUAAUGGUGUAAAAGUUAGAUGGUUAGGUGUUUGACAAACAGAUGCUUGCUGUUCAGUUACAGACUGGGGAAAUAGCCCAGUGUUUGGGAUUAAAACUGUCAAGACUGGAUAGGUGUUAGUCAUCACUGUCUUUCGUCCAGUGGGGAUUUAAUAAAUACUUUCAAGCUUCUGGUUUGGGAGUUUAGAUAGGUUUGAUUUUGGAUUUGUAAAUAGUGAUUGCUAAAUUUGGUCAGAUUUCUCCUGACUGGCUGUUCCUAAAUUCUUAGGAUAUGUCCCAGUAAAAUUAUACUUUGUGAAUUAAUUGUCAUAUGUGUAAUUGUUGCAUUUUGGAUGUACCUAAUUUGAUAAUUAAAACAAAAUAAUUUCCGUUUAAGGUAUCUGUUUGCAGGUCAGAAAAUGAGAAAAUGUAAUUGUGUAAUGCUCUGAAAUGUAAAAAAAAAAAAAAAAAACCAAAAAAAAAACUGUAAAUAAAAUCAACUAAAUCCAAAUUAUUUGUGUGUGUUUCUCAAAAAGCUUUGAAAAAUUUCAAGAUGGUAGAAAAUUAUUCUUUGUAAGAGUGUUUAGAAGAGAUGAAAAAUCAAACUUUUAUUUUGCUAUUUGCCCUAUCAGGGAAUAUAUUAUCUGAGAUAAGGAAACUUCAAAUAAUGAGAGAUGAAUCAGUAUAUUCUCAAAAUAAGAUUUUGUAGUAUAGAGGUUUGAUAAUGCUUUUAGAUUUGAUACCCCCUUCCUGGCAAUUUCUCAUAAAUGUGUGAAUUUUAAUUUUUAGCCUUAAUAUUUCAUCACAUGCUUCCUUUUUUUACAUUUGGGUAAUUACAACCGGUCUCUUCUGUUUGGUUUUCUGCCUCAUGUAUCACUGCUUUUGGGGCUAGUAACUUAGCUUACUAUUUUUCUACAUGGUCCAUCUGUCCCUAAGAUUUGAUUUAUUUUCCAUUUUUAGCUUUGUAUUAGUAGUGAGAAAUAUAUCUGAUUGGCUGUGGAGGCAAGUUUAUCUCAAGAUUUUUAAAGUUGCUUUCAUACUUUUUGUGUCUUAACUUUUGGAUAUCUAAUUUCAAUAGUUUUAGAAAUUUAAAAUUUAGCAGUUUUUUGUGGAUUUCUAAAUCCAAUUUGAAGUAGUUAUUAUGGAACUCAUAAUGAAAAGAUUAAUGGAGAUUGAAAAUCAAUAGUCUUGUCAGCUUUCUUAAGGUUAUUGACUGAUUGCGAAUUUCUGCAAAAGCAAGUAGAAUUUCUUCUGGGGAACUCACUCAAUGCUUUUUGAUUAUAAUAAACACACAUUUUAAAAACAGAUGUUUCACUUGAGUAGAACAUAUUCUUUCCUGCAAACAGAAACAACUAUACUUAAAAAAAAUUCUUUGAAAUUCACAGUGUGGUUGAGAAGUUAAAAGGAACUAUCCUAAAAGAUUUUCCAAGUAUUUGUUUCAGAUUAAUGAACUUGUUCAUUCAGGUGUUUUUAAAAGUUUGAAAUCUAAAGUUCAGAAAGACUUAAAAGUCACCAAAAUAUGUAAUUCCAAGGCUUUGUGUAAUGAUCCGGGUGAGUUUUAUCUUAACAGUAGUUUGAAGUGGACAUUACUAAUAUGGUCAAGUGCUUGGUAAAUGUGCUCUUGUGGCAUAAACCAAAUUGGAUUUGUUUCAGAAGCCAUGGGGAAAGAGAAGAAAACAAAUCAUGAUUGUUGAAUAUAAAAAUAACAAUCAGUUUUGUGGAACACACCUUUGAGGAAAAGGUUGAGCAUAUCACAAAUGAUAUGCCAAAUGACCCCUUCGUUUUAAACUGGCAGUCUGGCAUAUUUCAUUUGUAGUUUCAGUAGGGAAGCAAGUUUUAAAGAAUCUCUAAUCUUAAAUGUGUAUUCUAAACUCUAAUAGCGGAAUAUUAAAAACUUUUAUUCCAAUGGAAA